GGGCGAAGAAGUGUCAAGUUGGAUUAUUUUUAUUUUCCGUGUGAUGUUUAUUUUGCAUUUUCCUCGUGAAAAACGUGAAAAACCAUGGAAGUGCUGACGGAGCAGCUGGGAGUGCCCAAACGCCAAAUAUGUGAGACCAAAGUGGCGAAUCGCUUUGAGAUUCUCGCCAGCAACACCUGGAUCAAGUUCCUGGCCAAAUACUGCAAGCUCAUCCCCUUCCCCACCUACCAGAACCCAAUUGAGGACUGGGCGGACUUCGGUGCGGACCCGCACUGGUCACGGCUCUACGUGAGCGUCCUGAAGAAGUACACGCACAAGGUGAUUCCGCUGCCGCGCGUUCGCCAUGAGCCCAUCGACGGCGAGAUGCCCUUGUCCUACUCCCAGAUCCUGCACUACGUCAGCCAGAGCAACCACAAGAACCUGUGGCGGGCGGCGUACAAGCGCCACGUGGAGUCGCAGGGCGAGAGACGGGACGCCGCCGAGAGCAUCCGUCGGAGCGACAAGUCCGUGAAUCUCGUGCCGUACGACGUGGUGCUGCGCGAGGCGGUGACCCGCACGUACGGCUGCCCGGUGGUGCACGCAAAGCUGGACAGAGUGUCCGACGCGGAGGCGCUGGCGGCGUGCAGCGAAAGCCAGGAGAACGCCGACGCGAAUCUCUACCCUGUGUUAGCGACCAUCGAGAGCAACAGCCACUUUUUCGUCAUUCACGACCUGGCGCUGAGCAACACCCUCCAGGACUGCAUCACAUACAGCCCGGCCAUCCUGGAGAGGUCGCACAACAAGCCGCUCUUCCUCAUCUACCAGCUGUGCAACAUCAUGAAGGCGAUGCACCGGAAGGGACUUUUGCUGGGCGACAUCACGCUCGGUGACAUUUACCUCACGGAGAACCUCUGGCUGCAGGUGAUGCCGCGCAUCGAGGCUAACAUUCUGCAGCUGGAGAGCGACACGGAGGAGGUGUAUGACCUCCUGCCCGCGAACUCCUCGCCCGGCAAGAAGAGGAGCGUCUUCGCGCCGCCUCCGGAACUGGGAGCGCCCUCGUACUCGCUGCGCGACUGCUGCGAGAUGUGGUGCAGCGGCCAGCUAUCCAACUUCGACUACCUCACAAUCCUCAACAACUUCGCCGGACGCCGCAUCGGCGUACCCGGACACCACCAUAUCAUGCCCUGGGUCAGCGACUUCGUCUUCCGCAACGGCAACAACUGGCGCGAUCUUUCCAAGUCGAAAUACCGUCUGAACAAGGGAGAUGCUCAGCUAGAUCUUACGUUCCAGCCGCUGAAUGGCGCCGAGAUUCCCCACCACGUGUCCGACGUGCUGUCUGACAUCACGUUCUACGUGUACAUGGCCAGGCGAACGCCGCGCAGCGUCCUGUGUCGCCACGUGCGCACGGUGUGGGUGCCGGCCGAAUAUCCGGCGUCCAUCCAACGCCUGCAGGAGUGGACACCGGACGAAUGCAUCCCGGAGUUCUUCACGGACGCCAGCGUCUUCAAGAGCAUCCACGAGGAUCUGCCGGAUUUGGAGGUGCCCGCCUGGGCAAGCUGCCCUGAGGACUUCGUCACGAAGCACCGCGAGGCGCUGGAAAGCACUUAUGUGUCCGAGAGGCUGCACAACUGGAUAGACUUGACCUUUGGCCACAAACUGAGUGGCGCGGCGGCCGUGAAGGCUAAGAAUGUUUGCCUCUCAAUGGUGGACGAUCACCAGAACCUCUGCCAGCGAGGCGUUGUGCAGCUCUUCACGCACGCCCACCCACCUAAAGUGAUCCCCAAUGUGUGGCUGUCUAAGAACCAGCCAAGAAUCCACAGCCAAAUAGCCGAGACGUCCAAGAGAAGGCUCACGAGGAGCUCUGAGGAUCUCACAACGCAGCCUGGAGAGCCGCACAGAGAGAAUACGCCUUCGCGGCAAGUAACUACGACGCGAGUGAUCCCCGAGGACAUGUCCAUCAGCAUCGAGAGAUCCAUGAGUUGCUAUCAGAACGUGCAGAAGACAAUCAUCUUGCCCAAGGACUACAAUCCCGUGUCGCAGCUGAUAGCCGUGGAGGCUGUUGACGUUUUUCUGCGCAAAACUUUCCUCAGCGACGGCGAGAAUUCGCCAAAAGUGGAGAUUCCAUCUCGAUCCAGCGCUUCCUACAUAGCAGGCGAGACAGAUUCCGGCUCCUUCACCAACAGAAUCUUCUCGGAGACUUACGAGGCGAGUCUGAAGCACAACAAGCGUCUGCUCAAUCUGAAGCACAAGAACCAGAUCGUCCAGAAGUCCACGAGGAACUACAAGCAGAUCAUCGCUGAGCACCGACUGCGCGAGCUGCAAAUCCUGGGCUGUCUCAUCGUGGAGAUUUGCCUUCCGCACAAGAUGCGCCCGCUGAACUCGGCGGCGUGCGGCGGGACGUUCGAGCAGCGCCUGGCCACAUGUCGCAGCAUCGUGAAGGCGGAGAAGUCGAGCUUGCCUGCCUGCGUCCAGUAUCCCGUCCAGCUCUUCCUCCAGCUCACGGCUGACGAGGCAAUCAUCACGGAGAAGGGCCUGCCCAUCCCGUCGGCUCACCAGAUCCUGCAACCGUUGCUCGCGAAUGCUCUCUUUCCCUUCCCGCCGUCCUAUAUUGGCGUCUUCGCCACCGUCGAGACGCUGCAGCGCUUCCGCGGCGCCGCCAGGCUCCUGGAAAUGAACACCUUCUUCGAGUGUGAUGGCAAGGACUGCGCCAAGUACGAGACAGUGGAUCGGACGCGCAUGGCCUUCCGCCGGAGGAUGGCGGAGUGCAGAGUGAAGGCGUGCGUGAGUCUAAUCGAUUCUAUCCUGGAGCCUAUCGGCAACGAGCAGUUCUCCGCAGUGGAGUUACUUCUGCCGCACAUAGUGGAGCUCAUGUCGCACGAGGACACCGCAAUUCUGGCCGCAUGGUAUCUCUUCGAUCCGCUGGCAGCUGUUCUAGGUCCAGAGGAGACACGUAAGCACCUGCUGCUGCCGCUGCUGCGUCUCUAUGACUCCGACGGCGGCGCCCCAAUAAACUUCGACAUGGCGCGCUCGGGAACAAACGCGUCGUUCAGGAGCAAAAAGUCUGUCAAACUGUACCACCACAGCUUCCUCUUGCGACUCAUCGUGCGAUUUGGCUUGCGGGUCUUUCUUGGCAACUUCAUAGCGCCUCUCAUUGAGGCUGUGGGCGGCUACAAGGAGCCGGAGAAUGCACCGGCGCUGCACUGCCACGAUGCCAGGCAUCGCGUGAAGGCGAACAGAGGCCCGAAGCUGAGCGAUGAGCCCAACUCUCCGGACUCUGGGGCGGAAGACAGGGCAGCGCUGAAGGAUAGCUCAUCGUCGGAUCAGGACGGACUGUUCUUCUUCGAGCACGAGGAGGCGUCGAAGAUGGACGGUGAGGAGGACGCUGAGAAGAACAUCAUGCACCUGAUGGAUCAGCUGGAGUUCAAGUCGGACGGCAGCGUGUCAGAGUUGCAGUUAAAUCACGCACAGGCGGAGGAAGUGACAGAGGAUUCCGUGGUGGAGAAUGAUGAUCCCAAGUCGCCCACAAUUCCCAUUCCGCACUCUGUCAGGCGGAGUGAUCAGGUGUUCUCGAUCGGCUGCGAGGUUGGCAGCCGCAAGAGCGUGGACUCCAAUGAGAUUGCCGCGGAGAAGCCGCACGAGCGCGCGCGGAAGUCUAGCAGGAUCUCAGAGAUGAGCGCUGAGAGUCUCAUUUGGCUGUCGCAUCGUCUCGGGCCGGUGCUCACGGCGCGCUAUCUCACGCGGAAUCUGCUGAAGAUGCUGACGCUGUGCUAUGUGGGCCAGGAGAAUCUCUUGCCGGACGACUCCAGGCCGCACGCGGACAUCAACAGCUUCUCCAUCGCCUGUGGAAGAGUGGCUGGAGACUACAGCGCUGCCAAGAUCCUCGAGUGUCUCACGGCCAUUGCUGCUCUCUUCGGCGAGCAGCUAAUCCUGCUGCAAUAUCUCCCGCACGUGAGUGAAUUGAUCAUUCUCUGCAAGAAACGCAUCACGCCGAGUCUCGAGGGAGCGCUUAUCAGCUCGCUUCAGCUCGUCAAGUACCUGGUGCCCUGUCUCAGCGACUCCACCAUCAUGGAUCAGUUGCACGACAUGAUUCUCCAGUCGAUUGUUCAUCCCAUCAUCAAGAUCUGUUCCAGCCGAUGCCCGAUGCCGAACGGAUUCCUCGCCAGGAAUGUGAUUGCACGGAAGUUGCUAGACACGCUCUACGUGCUGUCCAUCAGGAUUGGCCGCGAGAUGACGCGCGAGCAUCUAUGCGUUCCGGCGCUGCAGCGCUUCUUCCUCAUCUUCGACAAAGCGUAUGGCGUGGUGGAGAAUUUGUCUGUGAGCGACACGAAGGCGGGCAGUGAGUGCAGUCCUGUGCAGGACGACCUGUAUGAGGAGGUGAAGAGGGACGGCGGCAUCCAGGAGUGGACGCUGCAAGGCUCUCCGCUGCAGUUCUCCAUUGCCAAAAUCAACACGUCGUUGGAUGGAGUGUCGCCGCCGCUGGACGCCGCCGCGGCGGAGAUCAAGAGUCAGUCAAUUAGAGAGAAGGUGUUGGAGGAGAUCCGGGACGUGUUCACGCCGAAUCUCGCGCACAUGGCUUACGUGCCAUUCCUCAACUUCCUCGGCGAGACUGUAAUGCAGCAAACGGUGAAGAAUCUCGCGCUGAUCCUCAAUCUCUGUCACGAAUUUGAGCAGCCGGAAGCUGCGCCGUCCGCGGACAGACAGCAGCACAGCGAUUCGCUGAGGCUUCCCGUGCCGGGAACGUCGAAGGCCGACGAGGGCGAGGGCAGUAGCUUCGGCACGGCUGUGGUGGGCAACAGAAUCGAGGUGAGGAGCGCCAGGGCGCCGGAGAUGGGUGUGAUGGAGGUGCUGAAUAUGGUGACGUACAAGAUGGACCACGUGAGCACGACCAGGCAUCUCAGGGGAAACUGGCUGGCGUACUGGGAGCACGAGAUUGGGCGCUCCGACAAGGACAACCAUCUGAACCUGAAGCAGAUCAAGCUGCAGAGCUACGCCGGCCACGCGAACUCCGUGCGCAGCAUCCUGGCGCUGGACAACGAGAACAGCUUCAUGUCAGCGUCCAAGGACAAGACGGUGAAGCUGUGGAGUCUGCGCAGCGAGGGCGACGGCUCCAAGGUGUCCACGUGUCAGUACACGUACACCAACCACCGGAAGUCCGUGCACUCGCUGGCCUUCCUCGACUCGCUGCGCCUCGCGGUGUCGUGCGACUCGUGCGUGCAUCUGUGGGAUCCCUUCGUGGGCAGCUUGAUGGGUCAGCUGGACGCCACAAGGCACAGCCCAGUCUCUGUGGUGCGCACAUUCCCUGCGCCCAGUCCGCUCGUGCUCGCUGGAACCGCGGACGCGUCCGUAAAGAUCAUCGACGCGCGCGAUUUGUCUUACGUGAUCGACUGGAAGCUGACGCAAAGUGCUACAGGAUCUGUUCGCUGCAUGGCAGUGUCGCCUUCCGGAACGUGGGUCGCCGUGGGAUUGAGUUCUGGCCAGCUGACAGUGCUAGACAGCCGAACGGGCAUGAUCCUGGCCACCUGGCGUCCGCACGACGGCGAACUGCUGCAGUUGGCGGCGCCGAAUGAUCACCAAGUGAUCAGCUCCAGCCUGGAUCACAGUAUUUCCGUGUGGAGCGCCCACGACGGCAGUCUCCAGUUCCAUCUAAAGAAUCCUGCCGAGCCCACUCAUUGCCUCUUCUACAACAGUCCCGAGCUCAUCUCCGGCACGCCGGCCAACAAGAUCUGCGUGUACUCCGGCAUCCAGCCCGAGACGUCCUUCCUCGUCACGAAGCUGCGUUCGGACACGCUGAAGGGCGUGCUGACGAGCCUCGUGGCACUGCCGCUGAACCGCAUGCUGCUCGUGGGCAGCGACAGCGGCAACAUCACGCUCAUCUGCUGAGCUGUCCAGCGACCAGAGGCGCAUUUAGCUGUAUGGAAAGUAUGUGAUUUAUUUUUGUUGUCCUUUUAGAUACUCAGUUAAUCCACCCACAAGUAAACGUUCCAAAUGAUUCCUUUUAUUCACUCUCUCGUUUAUUUAUAUGCUGUGAAGUUAUUAUCUUGCAAAUAUACACCAGUUUAGUGAUGAGAAGCAAUCGUUUUACUUGCCAAGGGGAAGAUAUUAGGCCGAGUGCUCGAUUGUCAACGCUUGCAGCUUUCAGCGGAUUUCGUGGCUCUUUUGCAGGUCUUUUCAGAACAAGAGGUUCACAUCUGUUAGAAAACAGCUCUUCAAGAAGAUUUCCCAACGAAGAAAUGAGUCAAAAUUUCACAAGAUUUCCUAAAUUUGCAA